ACGAGAAAGGUCGCUUCCGGUCUUGAGUGUGACUGUGUAUCGUUGCUGUCGGACAAUGUCUCUACAACCAACACAAGGAGGCCCACAAAGCGGAGGAGUCCCUGUUGCGUCCGUGCAGUCUUACAGACCACAAAGCACGAGAACCACCCAGCCACAACAAACCUCUACACAGUAUUGCUAUAAUCCGCCAAGUGUUCCCCCUCCAAAUGUUUCCAGCCUCCCUAACACUGGCUAUAUUCCCCCUAGACCAGAUUACAUGUCUUACCCACCGCCUUUUACCCCAACGACCCAGACUACGGCUAACCAGUCCAUCCCAAGGCCGCCCUACCCGGUCAGACAAGGUUAUUCAGUGCCUCCAUGUUUUCCACCACCCCCUGUACCUACCCCAGGAAACCCUAUAAAUAAUAGUCAACCUAUCAUGCAGUGUUCAUAUCCUUAUGUGAUGCCACCUUUAAUACCACCACCUCCAAUUAUUCCUCCACCACCUACCCAUGUAGGCUAUCAGUCUACGUAUCCUGGCUAUCCCCCACAAGGUUUUCCUCCCCCACCACUUCCCCCUCCACCCCUUCCAACUAACCAUAACAGUUACCUGCCUAGUACGACAUCGUUUCAAGGAACCAGUCACUACAGACACAACAGCCAAAGUCAGUACCAGGCAGACAAUUCACAGAGUGAUCACAGAGGAACUGACAGAGUCAGGCACUUUGAAGAUCACCGCCAUCGAGACUACUAUCACAGUGAGCGACACCGGCCUGAAAAACACGGAGAUCGCCGUGACAGAGGAAGAAGCCCAGAACGCCAAAGAAGACAAGACAGUAUGCGACACCGGUCUGAAUAUGAGUACAGUAAAUCACCGUCUCACAGCAGAAGUUCUCCGCGUCACUCAAGCUACGAUCGAAACAGGGAAAGGCACAGACAUCGGGAAAGUCGACGGUCAGUUACACCAGAAAGAAAUUACAGAAAGAGACCAAAAAGUCCAUCUACUAGUCGAGGGCAUAAGAGAGCAAGGUGGGAAGAGGAGGACAAGGAAUGUGCCCCAGAGAGCCCUUCCUCAGGAAAGGAAAAAAGUUACACUUCUAUUAAAGAGAAAGAUCCUCUGGAUGAGAACCUGUUGGACAGAAAUGACGAUGAGGAAGAAGAAUUGCUUAAACCAGUGUGGGUUCGCUGCACCCAUUCUGAAAGUUACUACACUAGUGAUCCAAUGGACCAGGUGGGUGACUCCACAGUAGUCGGCACAAGUAGACUACGUGAUUUAUACGACAGGUUUGAAGAAGAGCUUGGAAAACGUCAAACAGUUGCUAAAGCGGCUAGACCUGCGUGGGAGCCACCAACAACCAAAUUAGAUGAGCAUUUAGAGAGCUCCAGCGAGUCUGACUGUGAUACAGAUGAUAGCUGCUCCAGCAGUUCUGACUCGGAGGUAUUUGAUGUGAUAGCUGAAAUAAAGAGGAAGAAAGCUCAUCCCGAUCGCCUGCAUGAAGAACUUUGGUACAAUGACCCCGGUCAGAUGAAUGAUGGACCCCUGUGUAAGUGUAGCGUUAAAGCCAGGCGGACAGGAAUUAGGCACAGCAUGUAUCCUGGAGAGGAGUCUAUUAAAGCGUGCCGUCCUAUGACCAACAAUGCAGGACGACUUUUCCACUACAGGAUAACAGUAUCUCCUCCAACAAAUUUCUUGACAGACCGGCCUACUGUCAUUGAGUAUGAUGAUCAUGAAUACAUCUUUGAAGGGUUCUCUAUGUUCUCUCAUUCUCCACUGACAAAUAUUCCCCUGUGCAAAGUAAUCCGCUUUAACAUUGACUACACAAUUCAUUUCAUUGAGGAAAUGAUGCCCGAGCAUUUUUGCGUGAAGGGACUGGAACUGUUUUCUUCCUAUCUGUUCAGGGACAUAUUAGAGCUUCACGACUGGAAUCUUAUUGGACCGUCUCAAGAAGACUUCAACUCCAUGUGUCCUCAGUUUCAUUUUAUGCCACGAUUUGUAAGAUUUCUGCCUGAUGGCGGUAAAGAGGUCCUAUCCAUGCAUCAGGUUCUGUUAUAUUUGCUGCGUUCGAAUAAACCUUUGGUUCCUGAAGAAGAGAUUGUGAACAUGCUCCAGUUGGAAGAGUUAGAAUGGCAGAAAUACGCAGAAGAAUGCAAAGGGAUGAUCGUCACCAAUCCUGGAAUGAAACCUAGUUCAGUUCGCAUUGACCAGCUGGAUCGGGAGCAAUUUAACCCAGAAGUCAUCACCUUCCCUAUUAUUGUCCACUUUGGCAUAAGACCAGCCCAACUGAGUUACGCUGGAGAUCCACAGUACCAAAAGUUGUGGAAAAGCUAUGUGAAACUGCGCCAUCUACUGGCCAACAGCCCCAAAGUCAAGCAAGCUGAUAAACAGAAGCUGGUCCAGAGGGAGGAAUCUCUGCAGAAGAUAAGGCAGAAGAAUACAAUGAGGCGUGAAGUGACUGUAGAAUUGAGUAGCCAAGGAUUUUGGAAAACUGGUAUUCGCUCCGAUGUCUGCCAGCAUGCAAUGAUGCUUCCAGUGCUGACCCACCAUAUCCGCUACCACAAAUGCUUGAUGCAUCUGGACAAAUUAAUCGGCUACGUUUUCAAAGAACGUGGAUUGCUACAGCUGGCCAUGACGCAUCCAAGCCACCACUUAAAUUUCGGGAUGAAUCCUGACCAUGCCCGCAACUCGCUUUCCAAUUGUGGUAUAAGGCAGCCGAAAUACGGUGAUAGAAAAGUCCACCAUAUGUACAUGCGGAAAAAAGGGAUAAAUACAUUGAUAAACAUUAUGUCUCGUCUGGGGCAAGACGAUCCAACCCCUUCAAGAAUAAACCACAACGAGCGUCUGGAGUUUUUAGGAGAUGCAGUCGUUGAGUUUUUAACAAGUGUCCACCUAUACUACCUUUUCCCCAACCUGGAAGAAGGGGGUUUAGCGACAUACCGUACAGCAAUUGUACAGAACCAACACCUCGCUCUUCUGGCUAAGAAGAUGGAAUUAGAUCGUUUUAUGUUGUACGCACAUGGCCCCGACCUCUGCAGAGAAUCGGAUUUGCGGCACGCCAUGGCAAACUGCUUUGAGGCACUCAUGGGUGCUGUUUAUUUAGAAGGUGGUCUGGAGGAGGCAAAGUUGCUGUUUGGAAGAUUACUUUUUAAUAGCCAGGACCUGCGGGACGUGUGGCUUAAUUAUCCACUACACCCACUUCAACUCCAGGAGCCUCACGCUGAUAGACAUCUCAUUGAAACGUCCCCCGUACUGAAGAAGCUAACAAAGUUUGAAGAUGCCAUUGGAGUUUCCUUUUCACAUGUCCGCUUACUGGCUCGGGCUUUCACAUUGAGAACGGUGGGAUUUAACCAUCUGACCUUAGGCCACAAUCAGAGGAUGGAAUUCCUGGGUGACUCUAUAAUGCAGCUGGUAGCCACGGAAUAUUUAUUCAUACAUUUCCCCGAUCAUCACGAGGGCCACUUAACGCUCUUGCGCAGUUCUCUGGUGAACAACAGGACACAGGCCAAGGUAGCCGAGGAGCUUGGAAUGCAAGAGUUUGCCAUCACCAACGAUAAAACAAAGAGAAACGUAGGCUUUCGGACCAAGACUUUGGCUGACCUGUUGGAAUCCUUUAUCGCAGCACUUUAUAUUGAUAAGGACUUGGAAUACGUCCACACGUUUAUGAAUGUUUGCUUCUUCCCACGACUAAAGGAGUUUAUUUUAAAUCAAGAUUGGAAUGAUCCUAAGUCCCAGCUCCAGCAGUGCUGUCUGACCCUGAGAACAGAAGGGAAAGAGCCAGAUAUUCCUUUAUACAAAACUCUUCAAACAGUUGGACCUUCUCAUGCCAGAACAUACACCGUUGCUGUAUAUUUCAAAGGCGAGCGUAUUGGCUGCGGUAAAGGCCCGAGCAUUCAGCAGGCUGAGAUGGGAGCUGCCGUGGACGCCCUGGACAAAUAUAACUUCCCCCAGAUGGCUCAUCAGAAACGUUUUAUCGAACGGAAGUACAGACAGGAAUUGAAAGAAAUGAGGAUGGAGAAGGAGCAACACGAACAUACAGAAGACGUGCGAAAAUAAAGCUUGGCAGCCUUACUGCUUCCAUUCAACUCACAGGGGGUAGCAGCUGCUUCCACGCCGUCGUAGAGACAUUUCCUACUGCGUCCAGCUAAACAGAAGAAAUAAAUCACAAUAUAUGUCUGUGUGUGUGUGUAUAUACUUGUUCUUAGCUGCUUAUUUUAGUGGUUUUUAGUUGUAGUUUUUUAAUGUUACACUUGUACAUUUUUUGGAUGUGUUUUUUAUUUAUAAAUGGUCUUAAUGUACAAAAUAAUAAAGUCAACCUAAGGAGUUAUUUUUGAAUAGGAAGAA